ACUUUGAGACAGAAGUAUUGGAUUCUCGGUGCCCGCAACAUAGUCCGGAAAAUCGUAUUCAACUGCAAGAUUUGUUUCCUCCAGCGUAAAGGUACGAGCACACAACUCAUGGCUGAUCUUCCCGCUUUUCGGGUUCAGCCCACCCGCUGUUUUCUGCAUUCUGGAUUGGAUUACGCUGGACCAGUUAUUAUCAAGACAUCGCUUUCAAACGAUUCUGGUCUCGACGUGGCCCUAUAUCCGACUUAUACUCAGACAAUGGCACAACAUUCCACGGAGCCAGACGGGAAUUAACGGAAAUGCAACGGAUGGCUGUAUCUCAAAGUCAAGAUGAGGACAUUGCAAGUUUUCUGACGAGUCAGGAAAUCAACUGGCACUUCAUUCCGCAGUCUGCCCCGCAUUUUGGAGGUAUUUGGGAGACUGGCGUACGAUCAAUUAAACUUCACCUUCGCCGAGUAAUUGGGAGCAGUGCAUUAACUUUCGAAGAAUAUUCCACCGUUUUAACCCAGAUUGAGGGUCUACUAAACUCUCGCCCACUGUGCGCUCCCAGCGAUCACAGCCUGGAUCCCCUUACCCCCGCUCAUUUUCUUACAGGUCAACCUCAUAUGUCGGUGCCAGAGCCAUCGUUCUUGGACGUGAACAUUAACAGACUGCAGCGUUGGAGACAGCUGCAAGCCAAGGUUCAAGGGUUCUGGAAACGUUGGAAUCUUGAAUACCUUUCUUCCUUGCAGUCGCGCACCAAAUGGCAGCAGGAGACCAACAACAUAACAGUGGAUACGCUUGUGGUACUGAAGGAGCCGAAUCAACCUCCUAGCAAGUGGCUGCUUGGCCGCAUCACCGAAGUUCAUCCUGGUCAGACGAGAGAGUUCGAGUGGUCACCGUAA